CAACACUGUGUUGCCUCCAUCCAUUUUGUUUUAGUGAAAAAAGAUUCUCAAAAGUAACAGACGCGCAUUACCAAAAUUGACAUUGCAGUAUAUAUAGUGACACUUUUAGCAUAUUAAACACCUAACUAAAUUCCCAGAGUGCAACGCAAUGGCACAAAACAUCAGCCCUGAACAGAGUGGUGCUGGUGGCAGUAGCAAACACAAUGAUGACUCGCUACCUAUCAAAGACAAUCAUGCUGUGAGCAAAAGACUGCACAAAGAACUCAUGAACUUAAUGAUGGCCAACGAGAAGGGAAUAUCGGCAUUUCCAGACGGCGAAAACAUUUUCAAAUGGGUCGGCACCAUCGCUGGCCCAAUAAAUACUGUGUAUUCGAGCCAGACAUAUCGCUUGUCGCUUGACUUUCCAAAUUCCUAUCCGUAUGCCGCGCCAGUGGUUAAAUUUUUGACGCCAUGCUUUCAUCCCAACGUCGACCUGCAGGGCGCUAUUUGUUUAGACAUACUCAAAGACAAAUGGUCGGCACUCUACGACGUGCGCACCAUACUGUUGUCCAUACAAUCUCUGUUGGGCGAACCGAACAAUGAGAGUCCACUAAAUGCGCAGGCCGCGAUGAUGUGGAACGAUCAAAAUGAGUACAAAAAAUACCUAGAUGCCUUCUAUGAGAAGCACAAGGAUACCUAAACACCAAAAAAAAAAAGGAACCUAUGGCGGCGUCCCUCUCAUUUUCAUCUAUGCUCAUAUUGUGGCGUAUUUAUUAAGCAUUUGUAUGUCUAGUGCG